ACGUUAUGACUUUCGAUAUUACAACAUCGAUGUAUCGAUAAUAUAACACGAACUACGAAGUCCCGCGAAUAUAGCACAUUGUCAUUUUUAUUACUGGAGCCGAGCGACAAAGUUCUCAUAUAUAUAAUAUAGGAUUGAGAAAAGAGAUUUCAGAAAGAAUAUAUGAAAGUUUUUAUACUGCAAUUUGCUGUACCGAAUAUAGAUUUUUUUAAAUAAUUCAAUUUUAUUAAUCAAAAUAUGGGAAAAGAUAGAAAGAAAGGCCUGAAGGGCAAUGUAUUUAAAGUGGCCGGUGCUAAAAGUUUAAAAAAAACUAAAGCUAAAGCUGUUAAUCUCGGAUUAAAAAAUAUGAAACAAAAAGUAGCAGACAUGGACAAACAAUUUCUUGACAUUAAAAGUAGUACAAAGAUUAGUCAAGUUAAAAAGAAGCCUGAAAUAAAAGGACCUGAUAAGAAACUAGAAAAGAAUGUUACACAGGAAGAUGUUGCAUCUACCACAGCAAAAGUGGUAAAAAUGGAUUUAUAAAAUAUAGGUAGGUAAAUUAUAUAUUGUAUAGCGGUUAUCAUCCCAGGAACAGUUAAAAUAUAGUUUAUAUCUAAUUUUGCAUGUGUACAAAUCAAUAUACCACAUGCUCUAAUAAAUUUUAAAUUAUG